AUGGCUCAUUCGUGUUCGGAGAUGCCAAGCCGGGUGGAAAGGAAAAAACGAAUCGAGUUGGACCGAAGAAAGAGGGGGCCCGGCGCAACACAUCGGGGAGGCGGAUGCGGGGGACACGGGGAGAUCCAAUCAACAGAUCAAUCCAUGACGAAGGACAAGAGAAAUAGCUGGAACAAACCGGCACAUUUUGAGAAGCUUUGCGUGAUUUUGAUGAGUGGAGGCCGAGACUGUAUGCAGUUGGUAGUUUCUGCGGUGAGCAAACAAGCGAGAGGACUACUGAUAAAUGGUUGUAUGCCAAAAGCCGAGAUAUCAAUUCGGUCUUAUCAAGUUGAAGGUGAAGAAGGCUGGGGUUGUGUAGGUAACGGCAUGACAUGGACCGGCUAUACCAGUCCGAUCAACACUGAUAUCUGGCAUGAUGCGAAUGCGCGGUGA